AUGACUGCUGCACCCCCAGCGUUCGCAUCCCGCUGCCGCUUCCCGAUGGCCUCCACCGGCCCCCUCGGGGUCACGGUGUCCACAUCGGAGAGUGUUGGUCAGAAUGACUUGCUGAUUGUCGGGCCUGGUGUGCUUGGUCGAAUCGUAGCUGAGAAAUGGCGACAGGAGCAUCCAGAUUGCAAAAUUUAUGGCCAGACUGCAACCACAGAUCAUCACAGUGAACUAACUAAAAUUGGGAUAAUUCCCUCCCUGAAGGGACCCAGAGUUGAUCAGAAAGUUCCAUACGUUAUUUUUUGUGCUCCUCCAUAUCGCACGGAUGAUUACCCUGGGGAUCUUAGGAUCAAAUUAAAUUCAAAGAGAAAGAGAUGGAUGGGGCGUGCACUAUUUGCAGGAACUGCAGAUGGACACACUGAGAAAUUUGACUAUGCUUUUUUUUUGGGAGUUGCUGCAUCAAACUGGAGUGGGGAAGGUUCUUUCCUGUUUACAUCAAGUACUGCCGUGUAUGACUGCAAUGACAAUGGAUUUUGUGGCGAGGAUUCUCCUUGUGUGCCGAUUGGUAGGAGUCCUCGGACUGACGUCCUUCUAAAAGCAGAAAAUGUCGUCCUCGAGGCAGGAGGCUGUGCCCUGAGGCUAGCAGGGCUUUAUAAAAAGGAUCAAGGUCCUCAUGUUUUCUGGUUGUCAAAAGGAACUGUAGAUGCACGACCAGAUCUCAUAAUCAGUAUGAUCCAUUAUGAAGAUGCUGCUUCGCUUGGAAUUGCCAUCAUGAAGAGGAAACUUCGCGGGCGUGUCUUUGUGGGCUGUGACAACCAACCUCUGUCCAGGCAAGAAAUCAUGGACCGUGUUAACAGGAGCGAGAAAUUUGACGGCAAGUUUGAGGGCUUCACAGGUACAGACGGUCCAUUGGGGAAGAGGAUGGAUAAUUCCAAAACUCGGGCUGAGAUCGGUUGGGAGCCCAAAUAUCCUAGUUUCACAGAAUUCCUUGGUCUCAGCAAUUGA